AUGUAUUGAGUUAUACUUUAGGCCAUAACACACUGGUAUAAGCAUAAUUUAUCCGCUCACAUAACACGACUACAAAAUCAAGGCUUUGUUUGUAUAUUCAACUAUUAUUUGAAUAGACACACAAAGAUAUAUAUAAAGUCAAAUGUUAUCAGACAAUAAAAUAAAACAUGGACAAAACUCACAUUUACCCAGUAUCAGGGUGCAAAACCUGUUACUGAAAGUUAAAACCUUUGGGUAAAGUAUCCUGCAACCAUAAAGCAUUUAACAUGUGAGAAUCAGCAGUGACCGAAGAGUAGUUACACAGACAGAUGUGGCGUGUGCUUCAAUCAGCCCAAAACAACUUCUGAAUGAAACACUUCACAAAUCCCUCCGCGAUCUUCCUUUCAUUAAAGCCACUGUCAAAGUGUUAAUUCAACACAUGGGGGGAAAGCCAAGUCGUUUACCACUAUUACUUUACAUAAACCACGUGAAAUGUAUAAGCAACCUUCUCCUUUACCGCGUAUACGCUGUGGAUUUGAUCUGACGGUGCUAAAAUAAAGGUUAACUCGUUACGUGUUUUGGGCUCCAAGUAAAAUUCAAUACCUCUGCUCGAUGUAUAUGUUGUUUUUACUUCCCAAAACUAUUUUACCACUUCAGUUUUUGCUUCAAACGUGAACGGAGAAAACACAAGCACCGUCUGCUUCUGAAGGAGCUCAGAGAGAGCAGGGAAAGUUGAGUCUACGUGGUUCUCAUGCUGUGGUUAAAUGCGUAGCUCUGACCAGCAGCGGCUCAUUGUUGAUCACAGUCAGUUUGUGAGAGUCCAGAUUUGUUCCGAGAAAUCAUGGCAGAAGAAACCGCUUCAGCAGCUGCGGCAACCAAAGCGGCCAAGAAGAAAUCAGCAGCUAAACGCAAGAGAACAGGCCCAAGCGUCGGCGAGCUCAUCGUCAAGGCUGUGUCCGCAUCUAAGGAGAGGAGCGGUGUGUCCCUCGCUGCCCUGAAGAAAGCGCUCGCUGCCGGUGGCUACGAUGUGGAGAAGAACAACUCCCGCGUCAAGAUCGCCGUUAAGAAUCUGGUGACUAAAGGUACCCUGGUCCAGACCAAAGGGACCGGCGCCUCCGGCUCAUUCAAGCUCAACAAGAAACAGGCCGAGACCAAGACAAAACCCGCAAAGAAAGCUGCUUCUAAAGCCAAGAAACCCGCAGCCAAGAAACCUGCUGUCGCUAAGAAGCCCAAAACUGCAGCAACAAAGAAACCCAAAACUCCAGCAGCAAAGAAGCCCACCGCUAAGAAAUCACCUAAGAAGGUGAAGAAACCAGCCGUUAAAAAGGCAACAAAGAGCCCCAAGAAGGCAAAGAAACCAGCAACUCCUAAGAAAGCAGCAACUCCUAAAAAACCAACCAAGAGCCCAAAAAAGGCAAAGGCAGCCAAACCCAAAACGGCGAAACCUAAAACAUCCAAGCCUAAAAAGACAGCAGCCAAAAAGAAAUAAACUCAGCCCUUUCCCCCAUGUGUUUUAUCAAAAAGGCUCUUUUAAGAGCCACCCACUAAUUCAUAGUAAAGAGCAUUAUUUCAUCGGUCGUCUGUUCAAUGAAAGUGUAAUUGUCUUUCCUUUGUUACAAGUGAAAACAAAUUAAUGGGCCUGGGAUGUUCAUGUUGUGCAAAUACAUUUGGACCUUAAUAUUGAUAAGUUGAUGUUAUUGAUAAAGUCUGAAGUAUCUCUAGUAUGUUUUAAAUUGUAUACCAGUAAAAUAUUAAAUUAUUCUGCUUCAUGA